AUGCGCUCCACCGCCUUAUUGUUGGGGGCAUACAAUGUCCUAUAUUGGGUUUCUUGCACGAAUGCUUUCGAGAACCUUGUUGUUCACGAAGAUCGCAUGAAUAUCCCCCAAGGCUGGACAAAACGCGGUAAAGCCCAGCCCGCCUUAUCCCUACCGCUUCGCAUUGGCUUGAAACAGCAAAACCUUGAUCAAGGCGAGGAACUCCUGUACGACAUCUCAAACCCAGCAAGUAGUAACUAUGGAAAGCACUUGACACGAGAGCAAGUGGUCGACAUGUUUGCGCCAGCCGAGGAGACGGUGUCCUCAGUGAUCUCGUGGUUGUUGCAAGCUGGCAUUGAAAGAAGCGAUAUCUCUUUGAUCAAGGGCAAAAAUUGGAUAACAACAGAUAUCACGGUUGCUAAAGCGGAACAACUUCUAAAGACACGGUAUUACGUUUACGACGACGGAAAGGGCCAAAAUCACAUCGCCUGCGAGCAGUACCAAAUUCCUUCGGAACUUAGUGCCAAUGUCAUAGACUUGAUCCUUCCGACGGUUCAUUUCGACGUCAAGCUAUCACUGUCAACUCCAAGAUCAGCAAGAAAGCGUGAAAAUAGCAGCUUCACCAAUGAAACACAUGGGCACAUACCAACUAGUGGCACUGGUCUUCACAAUUGUGCCAACUUGACCACUCUGGACUGUUUGUACUCCCUCUAUGAUAUUCCGUCCAGUCUCUUGCCAGCGAGCAACAAUUCAUACGGUAUUGUCGAAUAUUCCACUGCCGGGUAUCGACCCGAGGAUUUGGAUCUGUUUUUCUCUACCUACAAGCCGGAACAGGUAGGCCAACGGCCACAUCUGAAUUCCAUUGAUGGUGGUUAUCCUCAACAACAACAGGAGGACUUAUACGACAACACGGAGCCAGAUCUGGACCUCGAAUAUGCCAUGGCUCUGGUCUACCCACAGGAGGUUACGCUGUUUCAAGUCGGAGAUAUGGUGGAAGGGGCGUCCUAUAACAACUUCCUCGAUGCUAUCGAUGGGUCUUAUUGCACAUAUGACGGCGGAGAUGAUCCACAGGGUGACCGUCCCUACCCUGACCCACAGCCGGGUGGCUAUAACGGCACUGAAGCUUGCGGGACUUUUCCCCCCACACACGUUAUAUCCUCAUCAUGGUCUCUUGCUGAGGACCUACCACCACACUAUAUGAUUCGUCAAUGUCAUGAGUACAUGAAAUUGGGAUUGCAAGGGGUUACUGUAUUGUACCCUUCAGGGGAUUACGGUGUAGCAGGACUGGGUAAGAGAUGUCUUCAGCCAGAUGGAGACUCCCUCACCAACGGCACUUAUGGACGGUUUCUUCCACUUUUCCCCGGCGAUUGUCCCUUUGUCACCACGGUUGGUGCCACCCAAGUUAUUCCUGGCACUGAUUUGGCAACUGCUUUGGCCAAAGGAAUGCAGCCUGAGAUGGCCUGUGAGGUUGACAUCUACAGCGGCGGAGGCUUCAGCAACGUUUUCUCGAUGCCUGCUUACCAGGCCGAGGCCGUUUCCCAUUAUUUAACCCAAUACCCCUCUCCGUACGGAGCUGACCGGUUCAACACCAGUGGCAACUCCCGCGGUCUACCUGAUGUAAGCGCCAAUGGUGCUCUGUACAAUGUGGCUGUGGACGGAAGUUUUCAGCCUGUCAGCGGGACCAGUGCUGCAACUCCGGUCUUCGGCAGUGUUAUUGCGCUUAUCAAUGGAGAGCGUCUUAAUUUGGGAAAGAAGCCAGUUGGCUUUAUCAACCCUGUUCUAUACGCGCAUCCUUACAUUCUCAAUGAUGUUACUGAGGGCAAUAAUCCUGGCUGUGGGACAAGCGGCUUUGAGGCGCAGCCAGGAUGGGACCCUGUGACUGGGCUAGGUACACCUAAUUUUAAGAAGAUGCUAACCUUAUUUUUAAACCUGCCAUAA